AGCGGGGACUGGAGCGUCUGGUGGGAGACGGGCGGGACGGCGGCGUGGAGAUGGAGCUGCUACGAACCAUCGCCUACCCGCCGGGCGGCGGUGGCGGAGCCUCCAGCGCUAACGCCGCUGCCAGGGGCUGCGAAGCUGCCGUGGGGAGGGCCGGCAGUGCCGAGCCGCGUAGAAAAAAAGCGGAGGAGCAGCCCCACCAGCACGCGCACCCUGCCGCCGAGGUGUCCCGGAUUAUAACCGACCCUACGACGGGGAAGCGCUACUGCCGCGGAAAGGUGCUCGGAAAGGGUGGAUUCGCCAAAUGCUAUGAGAUGACAGAUUUGACAACAAAUAAAGUUUAUGCUGCAAAAAUCAUUCCUCACAGCAGAGUAGCGAAACCUCAUCAAAGGGAAAAGAUUGAUAAAGAGAUUGAGUUGCACAGAAUGCUUAAUCAUAGGCAUGUUGUGCAGUUCUACCACUACUUUGAAGACAGAGAAAAUAUUUACAUUCUUCUGGAGUACUGCAGUAGAAGGUCAAUGGCUCAUAUCUUGAAAGCACGGAAGGUAUUGACAGAACCAGAAGUACGAUACUACCUCAGGCAGAUUGUGUCAGGGCUGAAGUAUCUUCAUGAACAGGAAAUCUUGCAUAGGGAUCUUAAACUAGGUAACUUCUUCAUUAAUGAGAACAUGGAACUGAAACUGGGAGACUUUGGCUUGGCAGCUAGGCUGGAACCACUGGAACACAGGAGGAGAACAAUAUGUGGCACACCAAAUUACCUCUCUCCAGAAGUCCUCAAUAAACAAGGGCAUGGCUGUGAAUCUGACAUCUGGGCCUUAGGCUGUGUAAUGUACACAAUGCUGUUGGGAAGACCCCCAUUUGAGACCACAAAUCUUAAAGAAACAUACAGAUGUAUAAGGGAAGCAAGAUACAGUCUGCCUUCAUCUCUCUUGGCACCUGCAAAACACUUAAUAGCUAGCAUGCUGUCGAAGAAUCCUGAAGACCGGCCCAGUUUAGAUGAAAUAAUUCGACAUGAUUUUUUCGUACAGGGCUUUACACCUGACAGACUUUCUGCUAGCUGUUGUCACACUGUUCCUGACUUUCAUUUGUCAAGUCCUGCUAAAAAUUUCUUCAAAAAAGCAGCUGCUGCUCUUUUUGGUGGUAAAAAGGAUAAAGCCAGAUACUUUGAAAAUCAUAAUAGACUAGCUAAAGAAGAUGAAGAAAUUUACAAGCUCAGGCAUGACUUGAAGAAGGCAUCGAUAACCCAGCAGCCCCACAAACACAGAACAGAGGAGGAGAUCCAGCCGCUAAUCACAACAGUAGCCAAGCCAGGAGCAGUACCAGAAACAAAGCAGAUUGGAGACUCUAUUCGGAUGAUUGUCAGAGGAACUUUAGGAAGCUGUAGCAGUAGCAGUGAAUGCCUGGAAGACAGUACAAUGGGAAGUGUUGCAGAUACAGUUGCACGGGUAUUGCGUGGAUGUCUGGAGAACAUGCCAGAAGCAGACAGUAUUCCCAAAGAGCAGCUGACAACGUCUUUCCAAUGGGUUACAAAAUGGGUGGACUACUCUAACAAGUAUGGCUUUGGGUACCAGUUGUCAGAUCAUACUGUUGGUGUCCUUUUCAACAAUGGAGCACAUAUGAGCCUUCUGCCAGAUAAAAAGACAGUCCACUACUAUGCUGAGCUAGGCCAGUGCUCUGUCUUCACAGCUGCAGAGGCUCCUGAACAGUUCAUUAGUCAAGUGACUAUACUCAAGUAUUUCUCUCAUUACAUGGAAGAGAACCUCAUGGAUGGGGGAGACUUGCCUAGCCUAACAGAUGUACGCAGGCCCAGGCUUUACCUCCUACAGUGGCUUAAAUCUGAUAAAGCACUGAUGAUGCUCUUUAAUGAUGGCACAUUUCAAGUGAACUUCUAUCAUGAUCACACAAAAAUCAUCAUUUGCAAUCAGAGCGAGGAGUAUCUCCUUACUUACAUCAAUGAAGACAGGAUAUCGACAACUUUUCGUCUGACAACUCUUCUGGUUUCAGGAUGCUCACUGGAACUAAAGCAUAGAAUGGAAUAUGCUCUGAACAUGCUACUGCAGCGAUGUAACUGAAGGGACUGACUCUGUUAAACCAUACGGACCCUCUUGUUCACUGUGAAAUCUACAGUGGGGAUAUUGAAGCAACUAGUAUGUUGAUAAUGGGGAUAUGUGGUGGUACGAAAACCUGCCUGUCAUAGUGUGCUGGGCACACUUCUGUUACAGACGCCUGAACCUACUGUUGGACUAAAAUGGUGUGACAAGGAGUUCUUCGGACCAUAGUUUUCCUUGCUUCGUGUGUGUGUUAAAGAUAUUUUUGACUUGAAUUCUAAUCAGAGUGUGACAUCUUGCUCCCCUGUAAGAGAGCAUUUUUGAUGGAGUUAAACUGUGAAUAUGCAUCUGGAAAGGGAGGGAAGGGUGAGAUCCAUGGUUAUGGAAUAGCUGUAAUAAGCAGUUCUGGCUGCUUAACUGAACUAUGGCCAUAUUUUUGUUUUUUUUCCAGAAACUACCCACACUUGUGGCUGGCAAAGUGCAUUCCUUGUUAAUAACUUUUUUAUUUAUUACAGCCCAAAGUGAAGUAUUUAUUACACUAAUUUUUUUUUUUUUUUUUUUUUGGACCUUGACAUUUUGAAUAUAAUUCUGUUGGAAAUAAAGUGAAUGGAAAACCUGAAGCAUUGAUGUCCACUGUUACUGUUCUGAGAGAAUAAUUCAGUACUGGGACCAGUACAAGGAGGACCUAACCUGUAGGGCAAUCCCAUUGCUCCAAAGAGUACAAACAUAAAAGCAUUUGCCUUCCUAAAUGGAAGGGAAUGCAAUAUGUCUAUCAAUAUAGUAGAUUGGAUUAAUGAGGGCUCAUGACUCAGUGUGAGAGAAGAAUGUCUUCUUAUGGCCUGGGUUUAUUUUUCUCUAUGAGUAGUACAGUACUUAGACCUAAAUGCAUGCCAAUCUUCAAGCAGCUGAUACAGCAGAAAGCAGUAGUUCAUGUGCAGGGAAGACAAAGAUGGCAAUCCAAAAUAGAGAACAGAGGCUAUAGCAUUGAUUUUCUUCAUCUUGCAACAAGUGUAUGUGAAGUGAGUGUUUCACCUAUGUUGAAUACUAUGUAUUAGGUGGUGUUUAUGUGCUUCUGAAGUCUAGACAGGAAGACCUAAUGCUGCUCUUCAGGUGGGCUCAUUAGUGCAACAGGAGGCAAUGAUUGGUUUUAUUCCUGAGAAGCAACGUCUUAAUUGGUGCACACUAUUGAGCCUUUUCCUCUUACAAAGGAAGAUCUCACUUUAUGACACCAGCAAACAAUUUAGAACACAAAAAUUACUUAUUUUGUAGUGCUCAAUUUAUUGAAAUAGAAAAAAACAGUUCUUUUUUGACUCUGUGUGUGUGUGUGUGUUGGAGAAACUAUGAACUUUUACUGCAAUUACUUUAAUUUCUUUGAAUAUUAUUGGUAAAAGUAUUUUCCUGUGGCUGAAAUUCAGGCUGCUGUAAGCAAGUAAACAGGCUUCAUAUGCAGGAUAAUUAAAAGUGGGUAUAAAAGACCCAAGUGCUAUUGUCAAAUACCAAUUGGUUGUGGACAGCUGUAAAGCACUUCAUUCAAUACAGCUAAGUCAGUGAGUUGUCUGUGUGUCAGACAUAUAUGUAGUACCAGAAUUCUUGGUGUUUUCUAAACCCUUCUGUCUUUCUGAUUGACAAAUAAGAGAGGCUUUUAGAUCAGGAUAAGGAAAAACAUCCAUUUCAAGGUACACUGCCCUUUCCCUAGUGCUUGCUUUAGAACUUGUAACAUAAGAACUAGUAUCUAGAACAAAAGUUCUGAAAUUCUCUCCCAGGGUGGAUCAAGUCUUAAAUUACUUCACUGUAGUGAAGUAAUUGACCUCCUUUACUCAAUCACACAAUCCCUGUUGUAAUUCUGCAUUUGAGAAAAUGAAUGUUAGAAACAUACUUGUACACUCCUCCUUAUAACACAUCCUAUAUUCUCCUGAAAGUAAGUCCUAUGCUGUGGAUUUUCUGCCUGUCUGACAGUGACUCUAUUUUUUCUAUUGAAAACAAGAGCAAACAAGCAAAACAGGAACAUUUACUUUGGGAGCAUGUGUAUUUGAAAGAAAAUACAGCAAUUAAGGGUGAAAUCUGACACAUAGGUUUCCCUAGGCUGUGUGGUGUACCCAGGAAAUAACAUUGUCACAGAAAAGCAAAUACUUUCUUGUACUCGUAUGAAAACAUACUUAUCGAAUCUUAAAAUACCUUUUUGCAAAUGUAUCCCAGUACUUGCAUAGCCCAGAGUGGUAAUCUGCCCAGCAAACAAAUCAAGGAAACAAUUCAAAUAGUUUAUUCUUUAAUAUCAAAAUAAUAAUGCAUUACCCAGCAAUGCUACUAGUGUCUCAAGUGUUCUGGGCCAUUCUGUAAUUCAAUUAAGGUGUUCUAAAAUUAAUCUAUUUCAUGAAUUCACUUCAACAACAUAGUAUAUAAGAAAAAAGAAGACAUCUUGCAUUGUAUGUUAUUCUGCAAUAUAGAACAAACUUCCAUACAUUGCCCAGGCUAGUUAUGAAUCAAGAAAAAAAAAUUCAGUUUCUUUCAUUACUUCUGAAAACAAUCAGAUUGGAAAGUAAUCCUUCAACUGUAUAUUCAUAACAAUUUCUUGACUGACCAGACGGAUUUAAAUUCAAGAGUGAAUUUUGAAAAAACAAUAUGUAGAUUCUUAAAGAUAACUAUUAAAUCCGUUGUUCUUAUUUGUUUGGUGUUGGGAUUUUUUUGUCUGUUUUUAAACUCCUUAUGCCAUACUAGCAUAAAUAGUCUUUAACUGAAUUGCCACAAUGUUCGAGCAAAGCGUUUGAAGGAAGAAAUUAAAUUGCAUAUACACAUAACGUGUUGGAAAUGAAUACUGUGGUUCAUCAGUUUGGAAACUGGCAAUAUAAUUAGCCUCUGAGCUUUAUCUGUGUAAAUUAACUUCAGCAUGGAAGCAAAAUUUAUUUGAAAGAUUCUGCUAUAUAAUAUAGAAUUAGGCUAAAUUUA